GCUCCUGAUAGUGGAAAACAGACUUAGAGGAAGAGCCUCUGCAUCUUUGUCUGCAACAGGAGUGAACUCCUACUCAAGACCUGUGCGUCUCUCACUCUGACAAGUGGACCGUCUGCUUGGCACUUGAGGCUUGGGGACAUUUUUGCUCGAUCUCCUUUAGACAACUGCACCUUUAAUAUUUUUUACUCCCUCCAUCUAUUUAAAUUAUAUUUUUUAAGAUGUCCUGGACGGUGAACAGUUGUUUUGUCACUCUGGCCAUCCUGUUUCUGUGGCGAGUGGAAGAAGUAGCAGAAGCCUGCAGCUGCUCCCCAUCGCAUCCUCAGCAGGCAGUUUGUAACGCAGAUGUCGUUAUCAGGGCAAAGGUGACUGGAAAGCAGGAGGAUGACGUCGGCAAUGACAUCUAUGGAAACAGCAUCAAACAGAUCAAGUAUGACAUCGAACAAAUCAAGAUGUUCAAAGGUUCCACCCAGGAUAUUGACGCCAUCUACACUGCUCCAUCCCCUUCAGUGUGUGGAGUGACCCUGGAGACUAACAGCACAGAGUAUCUCAUCACAGGCAAACUGAAGACUGACGGGAAGGUGCAUAUCACACUGUGUCACCUCAUUCAGCCCUGGGACGCCUUGAGCACCACCCAGAAGAACAGCCUGACUCAGCGCUAUGAAAUGGGCUGUGAUUGCAAGAUCAUCCGCUGCACCUCCAUCCCCUGCACGAUCCGCGGCCCGCAGGAGUGCCUGUGGACGGACUGGGUGCUUGAGAGGACAGUCAACGGCGCGCAUGCCAGAAACUUUGCUUGUAUCAAGAGGAGUGACAACUCUUGUGCCUGGUACAGAGGAGCAGAACUGCCCAAAAAGGAUUUCCUGGACAUUGAAGACCCUUAACUCCACCACUGUCCAAUAGUCUGAGGAUGUCUAAGAUACACUAAGAUACACAGAUACCAAAAACACAAAUGAAUACAAAAGUACAAUUCUUAUUUUGUUUUUCUUGUUGAGAAAGCCAUAUGGUGUGUGCUCUGUGGUGAGGUUGUUUUUUUAUUUGCAGGACUCAUUAUGUUUUUAAUCAACAGUCUUGUGAAUUCAGCACUUUCAGAUACUUCUACCCCUAAUUCCAAAGCACUUCCUCAUAAACCACUUCUCCCUCCGCUCAAAUAAAGGGAUAAUCAUCACAAUUCAGUAUUACUGUUCAUUGCAUUUUUUGUUCUUGAGCUAUAAUUUCCAUUUUUAACCAAAAGUGUUAUUUUAAGUGAACUAUAAUUCUAAUGUGCAAAACGUACAUUACUAUAACUCAAAUUGCAACAAUUCUGUGAACUGAGUGUUCAUAAAUAACAUUUACCCGCAACUGGUACCAUGAUUUGUGACAGCAGAGCUAUCACAAGGAAUGAGUGCCACCUCCUACCUGUCCUGCUUCAGAUUGUUGUGCUGAGUAUGCAAAUCUUUCCCCAUCUGCUUUUUUUUAAAGGUGUGGCAAACAUGUUUCGAAUAAGCACAAUCCGUCCUUUUGCUAAAUGUUUUCUUUAAAUAAUCCUGAAUAGAUAAGAAUGCACUUUGAACACAACAGUCAUAUUGUCCUAAAUGAAAAAUGUCUGAAAAAAGAGGAUUGAAUCCUCCAUUUUGUAUGUUUUUUUUUUUUAUAUUACAGCUCUUUGCAAUGCUUUAGUGUUAGAGCAUAUUUUAUUUAAGGAAAUUAUGUGUUUCAUCAUAUUCCAUUGGCAAAAAAAGCCCACGUUUUGAUACUUUUUGUGACAAGCGACGGGUAUUGUGUAAUAAGAAGACCAAAAAUUUUAACAGUAUUACCAAAACACACAUUUGAUGUGCAUUGAAGGUCAAAUUGUGGGCCUAAAUGUUAGCUGUCUGACUGGCUCUGCCUUUAGGAGAGUGGGUCAAAGAACAUAACCAAUCAACCAUUUAUUGCAGAGCCUAGACCAUAAAAGUGUGCAAAUGUCAUGUGACUUUAAUAAUUAAUAUAAGAGUGUAAAAGAUUCUUCAUUUGAAACUGUAUGAUGUCUUGUGCUGGUUUCACAUGAGAUGUUUGAGAUGAUUUUUGCAUGCAUGUCCGGCUGAAGUAAUACUGUACAUUUUGACUAUUAUAUUAAAUGCCAAAUCCUGUUUUGA